UAAAUAAAAAAUAAAUAUGAAUUCAAUAAUAUUAAUAAAAUUCAUUGUUGUAUUUAUUUGUAUUUUGGCGCUAGUGAAGGGAAACUUAAUCACAUUGGAUGGACAAUGUCCAUUUGGUGAUCUGAAACCUGCACCGGUGAUUGCUGCAGCCCUUUUGGAUAAUGCCACAUUUUUAACAAGACAGACAAGUUUGGUGUUUCAUGCAGUUGCGGAAACAGCGCCUUUGAGUGGAAACAAUCUUACUGACAUAAGUUCAAUUUUGGAACAUACUAAAUUGCCAGAUAAUCAAUUGGGUGGCGUUAAAUUUAUAAUACAUUUUCGAUCCAAGGAAACUAGCAAAUGUGAUCAGUAUGAAAUUAUUUUCAAACCUACAAUUCAACCUGGAGUCUAUGAUCUUCUUUACCAAGUUGCACCGGGAGCAGACUUUGUGAAUUAUAAAGGAUAUAUUUUAUCAUAUAAACCAGAUAUUUUCUUGUCUGUCUUGUUUAUCUGCCAUAAUUUACCAAAUUCUGAAUAUCAAUUUGAGAUUAGCGUCUUGUCAGCAAAUUCAUUAAUAUACAACAGUCAAAUCCAACAAGAAACAAACAAAGUAUUAGAAGAAAAUAAUUUACAAUAUUUUGCUCCAUAUGUUACUGCAAUUAACCAACAGAAUGGUCUAGAUAAAAAUUGUUUAUUAGUUUAAAAAUGUAAUCUUUCCAACGGGAGUAUCCAUCCGUUGGUAAGAAUUUUCUGUGUUUUUUUUAACUCCCAGUUUUAGUUUAUUUA